CGUGCGGAGGGGCCGGCGGAGAGCCGCGGAAGUGCACUUGCUGCAGCCAUUUCCUGCUCUUUGUGCGGGCGGCACGGAGCAUCCCGGCGAGCUGCGCCCCCCCCCCUCCCCACCCCUCACCUUGCCCCUUACCCUUCCCUAAUCCCCCAGGACCCCCCCUUUGGUCCUUCCCCCCCCCCCCCCCCUCCGAGCGCCAGCGUGGAAACUGAAGAGCCAGAACCAUGACCACCCACGUCACGCUAGAGGACGCCCUGUCCAACGUGGACUUGCUGGAGGAGCUGCCCCUGCCCGACCAGCAGCCAUGCAUCGAGCCGCCCCCUUCCUCCAUCAUGUACCAGGCUAAUUUUGACACAAACUUUGAAGACAGAAACGCCUUUGUGACCGGCAUAGCCAGGUACAUCGAGCAGGCGACGGUGCACUCCAGCAUGAACGAAAUGCUGGAGGAAGGCCAUGAGUACGCCGUGAUGCUUUACACGUGGAGGAGCUGCUCACGAGCCAUCCCCCAGGUGAAAUGUAAUGAGCAGCCAAACCGAGUGGAGAUUUAUGAGAAGACAGUGGAAGUCCUGGAGCCAGAAGUCACCAAGCUUAUGAAGUUCAUGUAUUUUCAGCGCAAGGCAAUCGAGCGGUUCUGCAGCGAGGUGAAGCGCCUGUGCCACGCUGAGCGGAGGAAGGACUUCGUCUCUGAGGCCUAUCUCCUCACGCUGGGCAAGUUCAUUAACAUGUUCGCUGUCCUGGAUGAGCUGAAGAACAUGAAGUGCAGCGUCAAAAAUGACCACUCUGCCUACAAAAGAGCUGCCCAGUUUCUGCGGAAGAUGGCAGACCCCCAGUCCAUCCAGGAGUCCCAGAACCUCUCCAUGUUCCUGGCAAACCACAACCGCAUCACGCAGUGUCUGCACCAACAACUAGAGGUCAUCCCUGGCUACGAGGAACUGCUUGCUGAUAUUGUCAACAUCUGUGUGGAUUACUAUGAAAACAAGAUGUAUCUCACGCCCAGUGAAAAACACAUGCUUUUAAAGGUGAUGGGGUUUGGCCUGUAUCUCAUGGAUGGGAACGUCAGCAACAUUUACAAACUGGACGCCAAGAAGAGAAUCAACCUUAGCAAAAUAGACAAAUUCUUCAAGCAGCUGCAGGUGGUUCCUUUAUUCGGCGAUAUGCAGAUAGAACUGGCCAGAUACAUUAAGACCAGUGCUCACUAUGAGGAGAACAAAUCCAAGUGGACAUGCACUCAGAGCAGCAUAAGUCCCCAGUACAACAUCUGCGAGCAGAUGGUGCAGAUCCGGGACGACCACAUCCGCUUCAUCUCGGAGCUCGCUCGCUACAGCAACAGCGAGGUUGUCACCGGCUCAGGGCUGGACAGCCAGAAGUCAGAUGAAGAGUACAGGGAGCUCUUUGAUCUCGCGUUACGGGGGCUGCAGCUGCUGUCCAAGUGGAGUGCCCAUGUCAUGGAAGUGUACUCUUGGAAGCUGGUUCAUCCCACAGAUAAGUUUUGCAACAAGGAUUGCCCAGGAACAGCAGAAGAGUAUGAAAGAGCCACCCGGUACAACUACACCAGUGAAGAGAAGUUUGCCUUUGUGGAGGUAAUUGCCAUGAUCAAAGGUCUGCAAGUGUUGAUGGGCCGGAUGGAGAGUGUCUUUAACCAAGCCAUCCGCAACACCAUCUAUGCGGCCCUGCAGGACUUUGCCCAGGUGACCCUGCGAGAGCCGCUCAGGCAGGCAGUCAGGAAGAAGAAGAACGUCCUGAUCAGUGUUCUGCAAGCAAUUCGGAAGACGAUUUGUGACUGGGAGGGAGGUCGAGAGCCACCAAAUGAUCCUUGCCUGAGAGGUGAGAAGGAUCCUAAAGGUGGAUUUGAUAUUAAAGUCCCACGAAGAGCAGUAGGACCAUCAAGUACGCAGCUCUACAUGGUGCGGACCAUGCUGGAGUCCCUCAUAGCAGACAAGAGUGGCUCAAAGAAGACUCUGAGGAGCAGCUUGGAUGGACCGAUAGUCUUGGCCAUUGAGGAGUUCCACAAGCAGUCCUUCUUCUUCACCCACCUUCUCAACAUCAGUGAAGCGCUGCAGCAGUGCUGCGACCUAUCCCAGCUGUGGUUCCGGGAGUUCUUCCUGGAGCUGACCAUGGGCCGCCGCAUCCAGUUCCCCAUCGAAAUGUCCAUGCCUUGGAUCCUCACGGACCAUAUUCUGGAAACCAAAGAGCCCUCCAUGAUGGAGUAUGUACUGUACCCCUUGGACCUCUAUAAUGACAGCGCAUACUAUGCCUUGACCAAGUUCAAAAAGCAGUUCCUGUAUGAUGAAAUUGAAGCUGAAGUGAAUUUGUGCUUUGAUCAAUUUGUGUACAAGCUGGCAGAUCAGAUCUUUGCCUAUUAUAAAGCAAUGGCUGGCAGUGUUUUAUUGGACAAACGUUUCCGGGCCGAGUGUAAGAAUUACGGGGUGAUCAUUCCAUACCCACCAUCCAACCGCUACGAGACACUGCUCAAGCAGAGGCACGUCCAGUUGCUGGGUAGGUCAAUCGACCUGAACAGGCUCAUAACCCAGCGUAUCUCAGCAGCGAUGUACAAAUCAUUAGACCAGGCCAUUAGCCGCUUCGAGAGUGAGGACCUGACAUCCAUAGUGGAGCUGGAGUGGCUGUUGGAAAUAAAUCGCCUGACUCACAGGUUGCUGUGCAAGCACAUGACUUUGGACAGCUUUGAUGCCAUGUUCCGGGAGGCCAACCACAACGUCUCCGCACCCUACGGGCGCAUCACCCUGCAUGUCUUCUGGGAGCUCAACUUUGACUUUCUACCCAACUACUGCUACAAUGGAUCUACCAACAGGUUUGUGAGGACGGCAAUCCCCUUCACACAGGAACCCCAGCGGGACAAACCAGCCAACGUUCAACCCUAUUACCUCUAUGGAUCCAAGCCUCUCAACAUUGCCUACAGUCACAUCUACAGCUCCUACCGCAAUUUCGUGGGGCCACCUCAUUUCAAGACGAUCUGCAGGCUUCUUGGCUAUCAAGGGAUCGCGGUGGUCAUGGAGGAGCUGUUGAAGAUCGUCAAGAGCCUGCUGCAAGGCACCAUCCUGCAGUACGUGAAGACUCUGAUAGAAGUAAUGCCCAAGAUAUGCCGCUUGCCAAGACAUGAAUACGGCUCUCCAGGAAUCCUGGAGUUUUUCCACCACCAGCUGAAGGACAUCAUUGAGUACGCAGAGCUGAAGACUGAUGUGUUCCAGAGCCUCAGAGAAGUGGGCAAUGCCAUUCUCUUCUGCCUCCUUAUUGAGCAGGCUUUGUCCCAGGAAGAAGUUUGUGAUUUGCUGCAUGCUGCUCCCUUCCAAAAUAUUUUGCCCAGGGUCUACAUCAAAGAAGGAGAACGCUUGGAGGUGCGCAUGAAGCGUCUCGAAGCCAAGUAUGCCCCACUUCACCUGGUUCCCUUAAUAGAGAGGCUGGGCACUCCGCAGCAAAUAGCUAUCGCCCGGGAAGGUGACUUGCUGACCAAGGAGCGGCUGUGCUGCGGGUUGUCCAUGUUCGAGGUGAUCCUGACGCGAAUUAGGAGCUACCUGCAGGACCCGAUCUGGCGCGGACCCCCCCCGACAAACGGGGUCAUGCACGUGGACGAAUGCGUGGAGUUUCACCGCCUCUGGAGCGCGAUGCAGUUUGUGUACUGCAUCCCCGUGGGCACGAAUGAGUUCACUGCAGAGCAGUGCUUUGGAGAUGGUCUGAACUGGGCAGGUUGCUCUAUCAUUGUUCUCCUUGGACAACAACGGCGCUUUGACCUCUUUGACUUCUGCUACCACCUGCUGAAGGUGCAGAGGCAGGAUGGGAAGGAUGAAAUCAUAAAAAACGUGCCCUUGAAAAAGAUGGCCGACAGGAUCAGGAAGUAUCAGAUCCUGAACAAUGAGAUUUUUGCCAUCCUGAACAAGUACAUGAAGUCAGUGGAGACAGACAGUUCCACGGUGGAGCACGUGCGCUGCUUCCAGCCCCCCAUCCACCAGUCGCUGGCCACCACCUGCUAGUGUGGACACUACCCCCGUGCACGUUGGGAAGGGAGAAGAGACCGAGCCCAGAACAACUGGGAGGAUAAACUUGAUGGCAUGCGACCUGGCAACAAAGCAAGACCGGGUAUGCCUACUACACAAGGACGCAUCUUCCCAUCUGGCCCUGUUGAGUGCAUGUUCUUCUGUACCAUCCCUGUGACCAGUUUUACUUGUAGCUUUCAGACUUGGGGGCGGGUGGGAACGGGCGGGCAAAAUGUGCUUUUCUUCCAUGAAGUGGUCUGUUUUUCCCUGUGAUUCGUCCAGUCUAACACAAAACUCUGAAGCCAUAUUGCAGCCCCAGAGGUGGGGCUCCUGUCAGAACAGCUGCGUGUUUCCGCAGUGCUGGGAGCACGCUCCCGCCGCAGAAGCAAUAGGGCAAAUCAACCCCACCUGUGAUGUGUGCCACCAGCCACGGGGCAGGAAGGUCUGAAGACACACCCUGACUUGCUCUUUUGGGGGAAGAGGGGAUGAAGGCAGGAUUUUACCUGUGGCAGCACCCUGAGGACCAAGGAUCGGCCAGGCCAGGCUGGUCUGCAUGCCCCAGGCUGGGGCUAGCUGAGUGCUCUCUGUCGAGUUGUUGGCCUGUCUAGCAUCUGCUGAAGGGAGCUUUGGCAGUCAGGAUUCAGAACAUCAGUGAUGAUGUAGCUGUCAAAUAACUCCUCAGCACUUCAGAAAGCUGGAGGAAAUUGAAAACGACCUGGCUUUUUCACUGCUAUGGGACAUCCACUUAUUUUAAUUCAAAGGGUUCUCCCCUGAAGACGCAUCUUCCAUGAAGUAAACGAGGACUAUGGAAGAGAUUGCAUUCAUGUGAAUAUGCUCUUGUCCAUGCUAAUUUGGGUUAAAAGUGUCACUGAUUCUGACAGGAGACAGCUGUAGUUACCUCAAACAUACGUGAUCUUUGAUCUUCAGCUGAGGAUGAGAGCUGGAAUGUGUAUCACAGAAUGGCUUGGGUUGGAAGGGACCUUGAAGAUCAUCUAAUUCCAACUCCCCCGCCAUGGGCAGGGACACCUCCCACCAGACCAGGUUGCUCCAUGCCCCAUCCAAGCUGGCCUUGAACACCUGCAGGGAUGGGGCAUCCACAGCUUCUCUGGGCAAUCUGUUCCAGUGCCUCACCACCCUCUGAGUGAAGAAUUUCCUCCUAACAUCUAAUCUAAAUCUCCCCUCUUUUAGUUUAAAACCGUUCCCCCUUGUUCUGUCAUUAUUUGCCCAAGUAAAAUUUGUGUAUGCUCUGGAAUCCUAUUUCCCCCUGUUUUAGACAAAUUCCUAGUCAUUAAAUAUCUUUCUUGAGAGAAUGGUGUAUAUCAGCAAGGCUUAGUAAACUUUCCAUCACUCAGAAAUGACAGAAAUGGUAUUUUUCAGGCUCAAAAGCAUUCUGAGGGAGCACUGCAGUCUGUUCCCUUUUCCCACUCAGCUCGUCUAACAGCCCUGAAGUUGUCAAAUAUUGAGAAAAAAUUCAGUAGGAACUUCAAGGAAGAAUUUCAUAACUCAUGGUUUUCCCUGCUCCCUCCCCCAAGUAGCGUCACAGAAGUGAUACAAAACCUUGUGCUUGAAGCUAACAGAGAUCAGACCACAUGCUCCAAGAGAAGAUAAUGAUAGUAUCACCACUGGCAAUAUUUUUUCUCAGCUUUAACCAGAUCACAGCAGAUAAUUGCUGUUACAAUAUACAGAUGUGAUAAUAUAUUCUUUUCAUGCAUCUCAUCACGCCAUGCAAACUGAAUGCUACUACAGAUGUUAAAAAGGCAGGGUCUGGGCAUGUAUUCUCUCAGAGGAAACAUACUAUUAAUUAGUAGAAAUGUCCCACAUGGAAUAUUUUGUCUUAGGAAACAACAGCCAGCACUGUAUUAUUAGCAAGAAGAGACCUUGCUGCGUGGGAUGAAUUUGUUCUCCCAGACACUCUCCUAUUUCCUUGCUAAUCAACAAAUAACCCACACAUGCGAAGCGCUGAACAUUUUUACACCUUGAGUCUCCUUUAACUGUUGAGACAAACACUUAAACUGCUGGGAGGAAAUAGUGCAGCACAGUAAUCUGAAAGUAAAAUGAAAUCUCAGGAAGUCUGGCUGAAUCCUUUAAGUGGCAGGGAAGGACCCAGCCUCAGAAGGUGAGUUGCUUCCCUCGUGUUGUGAGGAGGAGCAGCAGAGCACCCAGGACCUGAUAACACUGAGGGACUCUUGCUCCCUAUUUACUUUCUCUACUAAGGAUGUCAGUUCUGGUUUUCCAUUGUGUUCCUACAUUUCUACACUGCUGAAACUACUGGAGUGUGUCUACAGAUAUAUAUAUAUUUUUAAAAGGAGGAAGAGAAUCAAGCACUUUAUUUUUUUGUGGAGAACAAGAUACAAGCAAGACAGAUUCAACCAAGAUCCUAUUUUUUGUGACCUAAGUAGCAAGUGCUUGUUAUUUUGGUAUGAAAGUGUUGCUGAAAAGGUGGCGCAGGUCUCUGGCUCUCAGAGCCAUCUCUGAGCACAGCACAAAUUGAAUAUCUUACUACGUCUGACAUGUUAUGGGACAUUGGAGCCUUGGUAGAAACCAGCAUGAGCAAGAAUACGGAAGGAUGAACUGUACCACACGGCCCAGUCUCAACUAGCUAGACAAAAUAGGAUAUCGUAAGUUGAAUGUAAGUGUCUGCUUUCAUCUGUUCAGGUUUGGAGUGAGUCAUGAGAUUUUUACCUAAACAUCUCUCUUUGUAUUCUUCUGCUGUAGCUUUGGCUUGAUAAUUCUCUGAAAACCUGUAAAACACAGUUGUGUUCUUGAACAAACAGGUAGAUGAAAUCUAUUUUUUGCCCUCAUAUUCGCUGGCAAAAAGGAACCCCUUCAGAUUCUGAGGGAUGAAACGUUUUGAGCAAAACAUCCAAAGUGCAUGAACAAAAUGUGAGGUACUUUUGGCCGUAGAGUGGAUGCAGAUGUUUUUGCCUUGUUGUUCAAGUAGUAUGAGAUCAGCUAGGAAUAAUUUUACGGUCUUCAUUUCUGAGAUUGAACGUUAUUGUCCUUUUGUUAUCUGAAGGAUUCAAAUAGUCUUUAGUUUCAGUUUUCUAAUCCUCCUUGAUUGUAUAUGAGAGGUUCAGGCUUAGGUCUUCAAAAAACUCAGUGAAGUGUAAUUUUUCCCUAUUUUUUUUUUUAACGGCAUAAUUGUUGGUGGAAAUAGGGAGCAAAUUUGUGACAGUAGGGCUAAAUAACAACAGGUUGCCAAAAGAUCAGGCAUAUUCUCCACACCUGAGUCUUUUUUGCCACAUUUGGAUGUCUUCCUGGCAGAUGUACUCUAAUCCUCUAGUUUGCAGCCUUUCACAACCUGCAGAACUCUUAUUUUUUCCUAGGGAAAUGUGGACCCCUCUUUGGAUAUUUUAAGUCAACUGACUACGGGCUCACUUUUGUUAACCUACAUUCUCCUGAUUACUCUGAAGUAGUUGCAAACUCCUCGGGGUUUACCAACCACCAGUUAGAGCGUCUACUUCAAAGACAAGUUGUUGACUCGAUACAGAAAUUGGGGGGGGUAAAGAUGUUUUGUGUAAUGAAUGAAGUCAGACUCGAUUGUAACGUUCCCUCCAGCUUUACCAUUAGGAAAUGUGACUGACUGUUGGCAGUGCAGAUGCCUUUCUUGGAUGAUGUUACACUUGACUUUCAAUGAUACAACAGAAAGGGGAAGCAAACUAGUUCAAACCCAGCACUUCGGUGGUUUUCCUUUUAAACUGUGACAGCACUUAUUAGCAUUGAACAAAAUGUUAGUCUUUUUUUCCUCCAGCAUUACUCCAGUGAGUAGGUUCAUGUGUGUUUGAGAAUUAAAG